AAAUAUUCUAACAAACAUGCAAAACUUUAGCGAAUUUAUUACUAAUAGAGAAAUUAUUUCAGAUAAUGAUAUGGGUACUUCAUCUGAUGAUUAUAUGGAAGUAGAUGAGGAAGAGGAAAUUGAAAUUGACCAUUUUAAUUUGAGAAAAUAAAACAAAUUGGCAAUUCAUUAUCUUGUAUACAUGAAUUUAUGGAUGUUGAUGCACCAGAAGAAAUCAAAGAUGAAGAUUCAUUUGGCGAUGCAUUUCUUUUUGCAGAGUCAAUGCCAUUAAAGAAAAAGCACAAGACUCCUGUAGCUAAAACUCGAGGUUCUUACAGGAAAUAUACUGUUGAACAAAUCGAAAAAACUCUUUGAUUUAAUCAUUGAAGAAGGCUUUACUACCAAAGAUGCAGCUUUAGUCACUGGGAUUAAUAUUCGUACUGCUCAAAAUUAUGUAAAAACGUAUAAUAAUGAUCCGCAGAAACGACUUCCAGGAUCUUAUAACAAACCUCGUGGAAGACCUUGUUCAAAGUUAACUGAGGAACAUUCUAAAUUUCUUGUUGACUAUGUCAAAAAGAAUACUACUGCUGUAUUAGAUGAGUUAAAGUUAAAACUUUGUGAGAAAUUUGAGGGUUUGAAAAUCUCUAUUUCUGCCAUUCACAAACAUUUAGUACAUAAACAUAACAUUACUUUAAAGAAACUGGAAAAGAUACCAGCAGCGAGAAAUUCUGACAGAGUAAUAGCAUUGUGAAAAGCGAUUGUUGAGCAGUAUAAGAGUGAUACAGCCAUGGAUUUUUCCAAUAAUUGUGUUUUCAUUGAUGAAGCAGGUU